AUGGAGUGUGAAAACCGGUCAGGACUGUUUCAUUUCAUCAUAGUUGGGUUCCCUUACCCCCAUGAGCUACGCAUCCCAUUGUUCCUCUUCUUUUUGUUCAUCUACCUGCUGACCUUCUUAGGGAACCUCCUGAUCCUCUUGGCUGUGGCGUUCAAUCCCCAGUUGCACAAGCCCAUGUACUGGUUCCUUUGCCACUUGUCCUUCUUGGACAUGACUGUCUCCUCUGUGAUAGUACCCAAAGUGAUUGCUGGAUUUGUAGAAGGAGGAGGGGUCAUUUCCUUUGGUGGCUGUGUGACGCAGCUAUUCUUCUUUCACUUCUUAGGCUGCACAGAAUGUUUCCUCUACACUGUGAUGGCCUAUGACCGCUUUCUGGCCAUUUGCAAGCCUCUCCACUAUGGCACCAUCAUGAACCACAAAGCCUGCCUUUGCCUCUCCUUUGGAACCUGGUUUGGUGGCUCCUUGCACUCCAUGAUACAGACCACCCUCACUUUCCAAUUGCCCUAUGGCCAUGGGAACAAAGUGGGUUACAUCUUCUGCGACAUCCCAGCUGUAUUGAAACUGGCUUGUGCCAACACAGCGCUCAAUGAGAUUAUGACCUUUGUAGACAUUGGCUUCUUGGCCAUGACCUGUUUCCUCCUCAUUAUCACAUCCUAUGUGUAUAUCAUCUCGGCUAUCCUGAGGAUCCGUAGUACUGAGGGGCGCCAUCGGGCAUUCUCCACUUGUGCUGCCCACAUGACUGUGGUGGUGACUUACUAUGUCCCCCUGGUGUUCAUCUAUCUGCGGCCAGGGUCCCAGGGUCCAUUGGAUGGAGUGGUGGCUGUCUUCUACACCACCGUGACCCCACUCCUGAAUCCCAUCAUAUAUACCUUGAGGAACAACGAGAUGAAAUGUGCUUUAAGAAAGCUGUGGGGCAGGAAGAGGUCUUCUCCAGUUGAAUGA